UGUCUCCGCCCCUCAUCGCGUCCUAUUCCCAUCGCCAUGGCCGAAGCUGAGCAGGUCCCCAUCCACCCCGUCGCCCCCCGCCUCGCCUCCAAGGGCACCAAGAAGCCGCACAUCGGCCCCCACAUCCAUGCAUACCGCACCGCCCAUGCAGAGACAGUCGGAAAGGAGUCGGACAAGUGGUGGGCGAAGAUGGCCCAUGAGAUGCUUCACUGGGACCGCCCCUUCCAGACAGUGCGCUCUGGAGGCUUCGAGACCGGCGACAUCGCUUGGUUCCCAGAGGGCGGCCUCAACGCGUCCUACAAUUGCGUUGACCGAUGGGCGUUCAAGCACCCGGACAAGACCGCCAUCAUCUACGAGGCGGACGAGCCGGGCGACGGCUGCACCGUCUCCUACGCAGAGCUCCUGCGCGAGACGUGCUCGGUCGCGAACGUUCUCAAGGGCCUCGGCGUCAAGAAGGGCGAUGCCGUCUCGAUCUACCUACCCAUGACCUGGCACGCUGUCGCGGCCUUCCUCGCCUGUGCCCGGAUAGGCGCCGUGCACUCGGUCGUGUUCGCCGGGUUCUCCGCCGAGUCCCUGCGCGACCGCGUUCUGGACUGCGGCUCGCGCGUCGUCAUCACGUCGGACGAGGGCCGCCGCGGUGGGAAGACGAUCGCGACGAAGGCGAUCGUGGAUGCGGCGCUGAAGGAAUGCCCGGCGGUCGAGCACGUCGUCGUCCUCAAGCGCACCGGCAACGAUGUUGCUUGGACAGAGGGGCGCGAUAUCUGGUGGCACGAGGAGACUGCGAAGGUCCCGAACUACUGCCCGCCCGAGAUCAUGGCCUCUGAGGACCCCCUCUUCAUUCUUUAUACCUCUGGCUCGACCGGCAAGCCGAAGGGUGUCGUCCACACCACGGGUGGCUACCUGCUCGGUGCUGCCAUGACCGUCAAAUACGUCUUCGAUGUCCACCCCGACGACAAGUUUGCGUGCAUGGCCGACAUCGGCUGGAUCACUGGCCACACCUACAUCGUCUACGGCCCGCUUGCCAACGGUGUCUCCACCACCGUGUUCGAGUCCACCCCCGUAUACCCCACUCCGUCGCGCUACUGGCAGACUGUCGAGAAGCACAAGCUUACGCAGUUCUACUCCGCGCCGACAGCUAUCCGUCUGCUCCGUCGCCUCGGCUCCCACCACGUUGAGAACCACGACCUAAGCAGCCUUCGUGUCUUGGGUAGUGUUGGUGAGCCGAUCAACCCCGAGGCUUGGAACUGGUACAACGAGCAUGUUGGGAAGAUGGAGUGCGCGAUCGUUGACACCUUUUGGCAAACCGAAACCGGCUCCAUCGUCGUCACGCCAUUCCCCGGCGCCAUCGAGACUAAGCCUGGUGCCGCCACCGUCCCCUUCUUCGGUAUCGAGCCUGCCAUCCUCGACCCCGUAUCCGGCAAGGAGCUCGAGGGCAACAACGUCGAGGGUGUCUUGGCGAUCAAGAGCCCAUGGCCGUCAAUUGCUCGCACGGUCUACCAGGACCAUAACCGUUACCUCGAGACGUACAUGAAGCCAUACCCUGGCUACUUCUACACCGGCGACGGCGCUGCCCGCGACGAGCACGGCUACAUCUGGAUCAAGGGCCGCGUUGACGAUGUCAUCAACGUCUCCGGUCACCGUCUAUCCACAGCAGAGAUCGAGUCUGCGCUGCUCUUACACAAAGGCGUGGCGGAGACGGCGGUCAUCGGCACGCCCGACGAGCUCACCGGCCAGGCUGUCUACGCCUUCGUUACGCUGAAGCCCGAGUUCGCGUACGACCCCGCAGAUGAGUCGAGCUUGGUGAAGGAGCUCGUCAUCCAAGUCCGCAAGGUCAUCGGUCCUUUCGCGGCGCCGAAGAAGAUCUAUAUCGUGGCGGACCUGCCGAAGACUCGGUCUGGCAAGAUCAUGCGUCGCAUCAUGCGCAAGAUCGUCGCCGGCGAGGGCGACCAGCUCGGGGACCUGUCCACCGUGGCUGACCCGGGCAUCGUCGACGUGAUCAAGAACAAGGUCGCGGAGUCGGCAUAGGGGGCGGGCAAGUUGCGCGGCUGCCGUUCGCGAUCUUGCUUGCAUAUGUGUGGAGGACUCGAGUAGAUAGAUAUCCGGACGUCCUUCGACUAAGUUAUCCACGUCGCUAUCAUAAGUGUAUACUAGUCUCAUCUUACCAUCGAUUCAGGCAUAUUCAGACCUUCA